AGACCUUCAAUCAGAGUGGCUGACUGUUAACCAUUCUCUCAGGGGAAUAGGAGUCUCCUCUCAGCACCCUUCACAAACUACACUUCCCAGGAGUCUUUGAGGGAAGCCAUGACUGUCUCAAGUGAAAUCAAGUCUGGUGUGGGUGUGGCCCUCUGAUUAGCCAAGCCCAGCAGCUGUGAGGCUUUUAGAACACGGACAGUUGGUCCUUACUGAGCAUGCCCCGCGUUAUAAUAGGCUUCCAGCCAAAAUUUCUUAAAUUAAUUAAAAAUCAGCCAGGCAUUUUUUUAACUUCUAAACUGCAGUAGAUGAAGGUCAGAGUAUGGGGCAAGUUCCUUGCUGGAGAGAGAGAGAGAGAGACCAGGGAAGCUCAUGAGCUGCCAUGCUGGAUCAGCAUCGGAGUGUCGCUUUUGUCUCCUUUGUUGCCAUCCUUGUCGUCUCAUCUUCCCUCUGCGGGGAACGGAAGAUGGCCGCGUGAGAGUGAGUACAGCAAAAUCGGCUCUUAAAUACUUCAGCUUUGUAGCUAAAAAAAACCAACCAAUAUAAUCUACUAAAGAAGAGGCAAUAUAACAAGACUGUGCCUACUAGUUCCUGACUUUGAUUUGGACAACUCUAUUUAAUUGCCUUGCUCAUUAUUUUACUCUGCUGAUUUAUUACCAUGUGAAAAGCUGAGAGAGAGAGACAUGAGAUAAGACGUCUCUGUGUUCCACUAUUGAAGAGAAAAUUAAUAAGAAACAGUAUAUAACAGCAACUGAACUGAAAAGCUAACACCUUAUCAAUCUUUUAUAACUUUUAAAUCAUUUUUUAAAUUGUUUUAAAUGCUGACUCUGUAUCCGGGAGAGUAAUUAUGGUUCUAACUAGACGAAAACGUAAAGAGCUAGGUAUUCCUUUAAAUGAAGAAGAUAUACAAGAAACCUCCAAGGAAAAACAAACUAAAAUCACUUCUUAUUACCAACCGAAAAUGAAUGCAAUAACGAUAAAUGACAAAAUAGAUCUGAAAGAAAACUUGUCCUUUGAAAAUUUAUUAAUGGAAUGGGAUAUAGACAAAAUACCAUCAUGGCUGCCAAGCAAUGAAGAAAAAAACAGCAUUUUAAAUCUAGCGCAAGAAAUGGAGGAGGCAGAAAAUGUCGGAAUUACCCAUGAUUUAUUACCAUGUAUAAAUCAAUCUGGAACAUCAUUACCUGACGAAGAGGACUCAAUGCCCCCAUUGGAAUCUUCAGGCUCCUACGAGGAUUUUAAAAUCAACUCCCAAUCCUUCAUGUCGAUUGCAGGAAAAGAAAAUGAACAUGAACAAAUCAAAAUACAAACAAUUCCAAUUAAUGAUGAUUGGUGUCAAAUGGUGUCCCAAUCACUCAUGCAAAUUGCUAAAUUUGUGGCAGAAGCAAAUUCACUCUUAACAACAUUAACAGAGCUAACCGUAAAACAAGUAAUACAAACUGACUCUGACACCAAAAAUAAAAACGCAGCUACGCAGACUUCCCAUUCAGACCAAAGGAUAGAUCAUCUUCCUUUGAAGAAAAAAGAAAUAAGCUCUAAACCUCCAAUGCAAACUGCGAAAAAAUCUAAAAACAUUAAAUCUAUUAGGAGUCAUCGUAAAUGCCACUUGAAAUUUGAAAAACUUUUCAAAUUACUUGACACAGAAAAAACCUCGCCAAAGGAAAAAAAGAGGAAAAGAAAACGAAAGAAGAAGACGAAGAAAAAGAGCACCGAAUUAAAGAGCAUAGUGCCAUCUAGUGAAGGAAAAUCACAAUUAAUCUUAGAACAAGAUACACAAAGAUUAUCAAGCCCAAAAAGUAUCCAGGCGAACUCGAACUUUAAUGUGAAUGAACAAGCUCCUAAGGAACAUUUAAUAAUGAACCCAGACAAUGAAUUUUCUUCUUAUUCAAUUAAAAAUAACAGAGAUUGGAAUUUAAUCCUAAACGAAAAUCAAUUGGCUCUAAUAAAUUAUCCAAAACCAGUGGGAUAUUUAACACAAAAUGAAAGAAAGAGACAUCUGACUAAUAUUGUUAACAAAGUAUCCCCAGGAUUGGUCCAGACAAAAGACAUCAUAAACAUCAAAUAUUUAUUUUACAACUAUAUUAGCGCCAGAGCUAUCGUUACAUUUGCAUCGAAAGAGAAACUAUCUCUUUUCCAGCACAAAAGAGAAUUAAUGGUAACUCAAAAUAUUUAUACUGCCAGAAUUUUUGACAACCAAGUCCCUCCUAAAAGUCUUAUGUCUCGUCACUUUAUCUCUGAGAGAAUUCUAACCCAACAUGAAGUGGAUGCACGAGAGUCAGACAUACUCAACCAAUCUAUAAUAGAAAUAAAAAGUAUGGAGGCCACUAAAUUUCUACCGGAAGAAAUAUCUUUACUGGAGACCUUUACAACUUUAUCUUCGGAAGCAAGGUCAGAAAUCAGAUUUAAACUUGAAAAUCUGCUAACUACAGUAAAAGAAAUGGAUUGUGAGCAUGAAAUAGGUAACAUUAACAUCCCUGUAGCAACAGAAAAAAUAACCCAAGGGGUUUCAGAAUUAUCUAGGACCAACCGAGAAAAUAAAAUUGAAAAAGUAUACCAACAUAUCCCCUCAGAUGCCUUGGAAAGAGAGAGACGUUUGUCAAAUUUAAAUACCAAUUGACGUAAUAGCAAUCUAAAACUCCCUUCCUUAAAGAUACUAUCGUGGAACAUUGCUGGUUGGUUUAAUAAAGACAAAGAUCCAUCUUUUAAGAAUUUCUUGGAGCAAUAUGAUAUCUUGCUCUUGCAAGAAACAUGGGCAACAUCAUUAAUGAGUUUUGAUGGAUAUUCAGCCUACCAGCUAAAAGCCAUACCCAGCCUUAGGGGGGGACGUCCAAAAGGAGGUCUAUGUAUAUUUGUUUCGACAAAAAUUAAUGUUUCUGUUAUAAACUGUGAACCCCUAUUGGAUCUAGCCAAUGCAGUACUUAUAAAAUUAUCGCGCCAGCUGUUAUUAUUAUUUAAUGUUUAUCUUCCACCAGGUAAAGAGGUAAAAUCGAGCGCUACUAAAACUGCUCAGCUUGAAAAUUAUAUAACAAAAUUAACAUUAUGCUAUCCAGCUGCCCUUUUAUUAAUAGCUGGAGAUUUCAAUGCCAGACUGGGUCCAUCUGAUGAAGCUUUGUUUAGCAAAUAUAAAAUGAUAGUCCCCUCAUUGGAUGGCUCAAUUUCUAUACCUAUCAGACAUGCAAAAGAUAAUAGAUCUAAUUAUGUAGGCCUCGCUUUAAUGCAAAUGAUUUUUUCAAUUGAAUUUAAUUCUUUUAAAUGGUCGUACUAGUGGAGACCUAGAAGGUGAAUUUACGUACUUAUCAUCUAGAGGUGCAUCCACAAUUGAUCUUUGUAUAGUAUCUCAAGAACUCUACCAUUUAAUAGAGAGAUUCAAAAUAAUCGAUAGGCCUGAGAGCGAUCAUUCGCCUGUCAAUAUAACUCUAAAAUGUACAGAAGCUCAAAUCUAUUCUGAUUUGCAAUCAUUCUCGAUCAUUGAUUGUGAAAUUUGUCACAAUAUAUGACAAUAUUAGUUAAAAGCACGUCUAAAUAAAAUAGUCUUCACCUGGGCAUGAAAAGAUGAAAGUGAGGCAGCCAGUUGUUGGCUGUUGUUAAGGGUUGUUAAGCAAGCAUUUCUGAGUUCAGAACUAUAAGUUUUGUAAGGUUUUGUUUUGAAAUGAGCUUAUGGGAAGCAUCAGAAUGGCAUGGGGGGGUAUUUUCCAUUUAACAUUGCGGAAUGUGAAAAAUCCAUGCUGGCUAUAGUAUACAGCCACUCUUGUGGCUGUAUAAUACCAAAACUUUUAUUUUUGUUUCAAGUUCUUCCCAUUUCCCUCCAUCUGAGAACAAUCAAGCACUGGCAAUAAAUGUUAAUUAAUGUAGUGUUUCAAGGUAAAAGUCCCAGAUUGACUAUGAAAAACUAUUAUAGAAAACCAGAUGAAAGGAGGGAUUGUGAACUCUGCCAACUUUGUUUUAAGAUAGCAAAAGCAGAUAAAAAUUGGAUUAACCUAGAAGAUGAGAAGAUACAGCAAGGCCCAUUAUGGGUUUUGCCAUUUCAUAGUAUUAAUUAAUAUUUAUUGCAGAAGUAAUUGAUUUACAGCAUAUACCUUGAAGGUCUGGAAAUCUUUUUGUCUCUGGUGUGUUCCCCCUUGGCAUUUCAUCCUCAACUGAUAGGCACAGCAUCAAGGAAAGUAGUUUUUUCUGGGAACAGAAAGGCUAUUUUAGGGUAUAUGAUUUUUACAAAAAUUACACCCUUGUAUCUGUUCAGCAACUUAGAAUGGACAUAGGCAACCCAGACCUUGGCUGCUUACAGGUUCACCAAAUAACUUACCUUUUAACAAACCACAAACUUUGAGUGCAAGCUACUACAAACCUUACCAAAGGUGAGUUAAUGUUGUUAAAUAGGGGCAAUACUGUAGUGCAUAGGGUCAGUGUUAUUAUGACUGUGAUUGUAUGUCUUUAAUCUAUUGUUCUGCUGGUGAUUAUUUAGGGCUGCCUGGAAAACACAUUCAGGCAUGCCCCCUGCGGGUUUUUCUUCCUGUUCUUGAAUAUCCAAUAAAGAAAAAACUG